AGCCUCCAUUUUGGAUAAUUAGUUCUGACACUACCUUUUCCCUGCGGUGUUGAUUAGACCUAAUUAAUGACUCCAGGCAAGAUGGAGGAUCGCUGCCCUCACGGAGCUGUUUUCAACCUCCCCAGGGGGAAAAGUUGUGAUUUGAGCCAUGCGGAGAUGACUUGACAAGUUGCCCGCGCAGUCCGAGAAGAUCUCAAAGAUGAAGAGAAACCCGGCCUGACAGAGACAAAUUGGCUUGUUUUGUUGUUGGGGAAAGUGUAGCAUUCAUCUGUCACUUUAGGCCUGUUGACAAGACACAAGUGUGGGAUGUGAUUGACAUACAGUAGAUGGAGAACAAAAUCCAAAGAGAACUUGGACAGAAUACACGUCCCAACUUUCCCAGUAGCAGACUUCAGGUGUGCGUACGAGUGUGUGGAGGAGAUCUGAAGACUCACAGAUCUGACAUGUAACCUGGCCUGGUGACAUCACAUGGUUGUCUUCAUGGAGAUGCUGCAUUUGCGCUCACUUCCACCAGAUUAACCCUCCAUUCAUCUGGGUGCAAAUAAACAUGAUAGGGCUUUAGCUGCCUGAGAAGGAAGAGGCGGGACCUGGGUGUUGAGUUUCAGACCCGGCCACCUGGAAAGUUGCAUAAAAGGUGCAGCACUAAGAAGCCAGUGUCACUAGAGCCAGCCUCCACUCAGAGCUAUGGAAAGCAGGAUUCGACCACUGAGCCUAUCCCCGCACGCCGCCUCUCCUCUGGGGACCAUCCCAGUGCCCCCCUCUCUACUCCGACCUCCUCCGCUCUUCCUCCGGGCCUGUAACCCCACUCUGGAAAGGGGCUACCCGCGUACACCCAAAUGCGCCCGCUGUAGGAACCACGGCGUAGUUUCGGCUCUAAAAGGCCACAAGCGUUUUUGUCGAUGGAGGGACUGCGUGUGCGCCAAGUGUACCCUGAUCGCGGAGAGGCAGAGGGUGAUGGCUGCGCAGGUGGCGCUUCGACGACAGCAGGCCCAAGAGGAGAACGAAGCCCGUGAGCUGAGGUUGAUGUACCCAGGAGGAGCGGGGAUCGUCGGGGAGAGUGGGGUACCUCAGGGCUCCGCAGUGGGGCCCUCUACACCUUCUCCAUCUGCUCAGACUCCUCCUGGAUUUGAAGUUUUUGCCGCAGAACCCCAAAAAGACGAUGCCAAGGUGAACACUUUUCCCCUUUAUAGUGGAUUCAUGGGCCACCCUAUGUUUGCCCCUCACUCCUCUCGACUCCCAUCUCCCCACGACAAAGAGCUGUCACCAAACCACGACAACUGCGCCUCCCUCAGCGACGACAGCCCGAGCCCACCGCCGCGAUAUGACCCGCACUCGGACAGUCCUCGGCGCUCUUCAUCCUCUGAUUUGGAGUCGGGAAACGAGUCUGACAAACCGACUGCUGAGCGGGACCCCACCGACAUCAUGGCCAAAAUCUUCCCUCACCAGAAACGCGACAUGUUGGAGUCGACAGUGCGGACUUGCAAGGGGGACAUUGUCAAAUCAAUAGAACUCAUCCUGAGCGCUAAAGAGAACAAAAUCGACCCAGAUCUUAGCGCAGUGAGACCUCCUGCGGGACUGCCUGGAGCUCUCAGUGCCGUGGGCAACAAAUCGGCCUUCUCUGCAGUGCACAUGCCCCCCACACCCGCAGGAGGCGACAGCGUGUACGGCCUCGGUCCUCGCCUCAGCAUGGGCCCCCUCAGGCUAGCUUACUCAAGCGCUAAUGCGGCAGGUGUGACGGGCUUUAUGUCUCCAUACGUGACGUCCGGACUCAUGCCCGUGUUCCCCCUGCGCCCUCCACUGGACUCGUACCCAUUCCCAAACAUGAUCCGAGACCUGUCCUAUCUCCAAAGCAAAGAGUCACUAUGCAACACCGGUCUAUACACGCGACUAAAUGAUAAAUGA